AUGUCUCUCAGAGCAAUUACAAAUCUUCUUGUCCUGGCGACUGCCGUCUCUGCCGGCCCAGCACCCAGCAACACCACGCCCGACUCCGUUACCAAAACUACCACCCUGACGGGGGUGACGCACUCGGUCGUCGCGGGACUGGGCGGGCUCAGGUUCGACCCCGACAACGUCGUCGCCGAGAUUGGUGACAUUGUCGAAUGGCACUUCCUCCCCGCGAACUAUUCGCUUGCGCAGUCCUCCUUUGUCGACCCUUGCAAGCCCCUCGCCCCCGGGACCGGCUUCUUCCCCGGCUUCGAAUUCGCCACCAAGGAGGGCCAGGCACCCAACGUCUUUCAGCUCGAGGUCAAGGACAAGACGCCCAUUUGGUACUACUGCCCUCAGCGGGAGGGCAGCCAUUGCCAGCGGGGCAUGGCCGGCGUCAUCAACCAGAACUAUGAUGACCCCAAUGUCAGCCUGAGGAGAUACAAGGAGAUGGCGGCGUUGACGGGCCAGAGUAUCGUCCCCGCCGUGAAUGGUGUCGGCAGGGUCAUUCCCAACCCCAACCCCAACGGUGGAUUCUAG